AUGUCUUCCCUCAAGCAAUUCAUUCGUAAUGUUCGAUCCGCAAAGACCAUCGCCGAUGAGCGUGCAGUCAUCCAAAAAGAAAGCGCCGCUAUUCGCGCCUCGUUUCGAGAAGAGAGUCAUGACUCCGGCAUCCGGAGAAAUAAUGUCGCCAAGCUCUUGUAUCUGUUCACUCUCGGCGAACGGACUCACUUCGGCCAGAUCGAAUGUCUGAAACUACUUGCCUCACACCGGUUCGCUGACAAGCGGUUGGGGUAUCUGGGGACCAUGCUGUUGCUAGAUGAGAACCAAGAGGUGCUGACACUGGUGACCAAUUCUUUGAAAAAUGACCUUAACCACUCCAACCAAUAUAUCGUCGGUCUCGCUCUCUGUACACUCGGAAACAUUGCCUCGGUUGAAAUGUCUCGUGAUCUGUUCCCCGAAGUCGAAACCCUCAUGUCGACCGCCAACCCCUAUAUUCGACGGAAAGCAGCGAUCUGUGCCAUGCGGAUAUGUCGCAAGGUUCCAGACCUGUACGAGCACUUCCUCGAGAAAGCGAAGAACCUUUUGUCGGACCGGAACCAUGGCGUUCUUCUCUGUGGGCUGACACUAGCGAUUGAUCUAUGUGAGGCGGAAGAAGAGGAUGAAGAGGAAGGAGGACCCGCGGGCGUGAUCGAAAUGUUCCGGCCCUUGGCUGGAGGAUUGGUUCGCGCUUUGAAGGGGCUGACAACCUCCGGGUAUGCCCCCGAGCAUGAUGUAUCCGGUAUCACAGAUCCUUUCCUCCAAGUCAAGAUCCUUCGGUUCUUGCGUGUAUUGGGUCGGGGAGAUGUGGCCACCAGCGAAUUGAUCAACGACAUCCUGGCCCAGGUGGCCACCAAUACGGAUUCCUCAAAGAACGUCGGCAACUCUAUUCUAUAUGAGGCCGUUCUUACGAUUCUGGACAUCGAAGCCGACUCUGGUCUGAGGGUGCUGGGCGUCAACAUUCUCGGCAAAUUCCUGGCUAACAAGGACAAUAAUAUCCGUUACGUUGCGUUGAACACCCUGAAUAAGGUUGUUGCAAUUGAACCAAAUGCAGUGCAAAGACACCGCAACACGAUCUUGGAAUGCCUGCGGGAUCCUGAUAUUAGCAUUCGCCGGCGAGCGCUCGAUCUCAGCUUCAUGUUGAUCAACGAAGAUAAUGUGCGGGUGCUAGUGCGGGAACUGCUGGCCUUCCUGGAGGUGGCCGAUAACGAAUUCAAGUCCGUCAUGACGACACAGAUAGGCAUCGCGGCCGAUCGUUUUGCACCCAACAAGCGCUGGCACAUGGACACCAUUUUGCGGGUUCUAAAGCUGGCUGGGAACUACGUCAAAGAACAGAUUCUGUCCUCAUUCGUCCGUCUCAUUGCGACUACCCCUGAUCUGCAGACCUAUGCGGUACAAAAGCUCUACUCGUCAUUGAAGGAAGACAUCUCACAAGAGGGUCUUACACUUGCUGCGACGUGGACCAUUGGUGAAUAUGCCGAUAGCCUACUUCAGGGUGGUCAGUACGAGGAAGAGGAACUGGUCAAGGAGGUUCGGGAGAGUGAUCUUGUCGAUCUCUUUACCAACAUUCUCAACAGCACCUAUGCCUCCCAGAUUGCUGUCGAAUACAUCAUCACUGCAUCCAUGAAGCUUACUGUGCGCAUGUCGGAUCCCGCCCAAAUUGAACGCCUACGCCGUUUGCUUUCCAGCCGAACCGCAGACCUGAGUGUAGAAAUUCAACAGCGUGCCGUUGAAUACACUAAUCUUUUCGGCUACGAUCAAAUCCGCCGUGGUGUACUCGAGCGGAUGCCCGCUCCUGAGAUCCGUGAGGAACAGCGGGUACUAGGUGCUACCCCCGCUGCUAAGAAACGCCAGAGUAAGAUUCUCCGUGGCAAGUCGACAACAAAGGUCGCCAAACCUGCAGAGCAUGACCUGCUCCUUGACCUGGUUGGUGGGUCCGACGCCCCUGUUGCGAGCCCUACCUCGAACGGAUCGAACACCGCCGAUCUGCUGGCAGACAUUCUUGGCGGAGACUCGGGCAUGUCAUCUCCCUCGCCGGGUCCUGCUGGCCAAAAGAACCCGAACAGCGCCAUCAUGGACCUGUUUAGCUCCAACGGUCCUUCGCCAUCCCCUCAGCCCACACAAGCGUCUGCCUCGAUGGAUCUGCUAGGUGCAGGAGGCAUGGGUGCCUCUGCGCCUUCGCCCUCCACCUCUCCCGCACCUGUCACUGCUUCAACCCCUGCACACACAGCGCUCAACAAGGAUGGCCUUGUCCUUACCUUGCAGGUUCAGCGAAGCGGCAACAACGCCCAGAUCCUGGCGCGCUUCCGCAACGACUCCAACUUCGACCGAUUCACUAGCGUCGGCUUGCAGGCUGCCGUGCCAAAGAGUCAGCGGUUGCAGCUGAGCGCAAUUAGCAAAGCUGAUCUAGAGGCCGGUGACGAGGGCACACAAUCAAUGCGCGUGACCGCUCUGAAUGGGGGUCUUCCUGCCAAACUUCGCCUCCGUCUUCGUGUCACUUCCGCCCGCGACGGUGGAGACCCCGUCACCGACCAAGUGGACUGGUCCGAGCCGUAA